GUUCGUCUUGCCGGGAUUAUUACAAGCUAUGAGUUAUAUAUGAUUACAUGCUUAAGUAUGCUCCCUUAUCCGUGGGAUGUAUGUGACAGCCAACCAUAUAUUUUUGAUAACCAACAACACCGAUAAUAUUUCCCUACUACGUUCACGUUUGUGUGGUGAGGCCCCCAGUCCGGGCUCAUUAUAUGUAAAGAUGUCUUUAGAAAGACUGGUCUACACAUUACUCCUUGGGGCUGUCCAUGCUGUCCCCUAUAGCGAGUACAUCCUCGCUCCUUCGUCCAGGACAGUAUAUCCAGUCUCUGUUUACCAGGUUGGCGGCACCGUCGACAAUGCUGAAGGUCUCGUCGGCGGGGCGAACACAACGGUCACCAUCUCAGGGACUGCCCAAGGCGGACAGAACUCUUCUGUCACUCUAGACUUUGGGCGAAACAUCGCCGGUCAAGUCUCGCUCAAUGCACCAGAAGCAGCGGGCCCAAGUGCUGCCGUCUGGCUGACCUUCUCUGAGUCCAGUUUGUGGGUUAGCAGCUACGGCAGCGACGCAGUUUCAGAUGAUGGACGAGACGAGCCUAUUCCAUUGUCCGUGAGCGGAGGGUCUGGAACUUAUACCGUUGAGAGAAAAUACGCUCGUGGAGGCUUCCGUUACCUCACUUUGGUUAACAAUGGGACGGCCGAUAUCCAACUAUCAGGCCUCGCUGUGCUCUAUACUGCGGCACCUACGCAGGAUCUACAGGCUUACACGGGCUACUUUCACAGCAAUGACGAGCUGCUCAACAGGAUAUGGUACGCCGGAGCGUACACAAAUCAACUUUGUGAUAUUGAUCCUGUAUAUGGCAACGCCCUGGUCAACGCCGGUCCCAACUAUGUACCGAGACCUCUGCAGCCAUGGUAUUACAACUACACCAUCACCAACGGAACCAGCGCCCUUGUCGACGGUGCUAAGCGGGACACCCUCGUCUGGCCAGGCGAUCUCUUCAUUUCUGGCCCAUCAGUUGCUUACAGCACGUCCGCAUUGGACGCCAUCAAGAACUCAGUGGAGUCACUCUUCCUCCUCCAGACACCGGAGGGCAUUCUGCCCUAUGUCGGCGUGCCAUUCCGCGACAUAAUCAACCAGACGAGCUUCACUUAUCACCUUCACAACCUCAUUGGUGUCUAUAAUUACUACUGGUAUACCGGAGACCAGGCCUGGCUACAGACCUAUUGGGACCAAUUCAAGCGCGGCCUGGCGUGGUCGCUCAGUAAUGUCGACUCGAGCGGACUGAUGAAUGUCACUGCCUCCGCAGACUGGCUCAGAGCUGGUAUGGAAGGGCAUAAUAUCGAAGCUAAUGCGAUCCUGCACUACACACUCAAUCUUGGUGUCAACCUGGCAAGUGUGCUAGGGGACGAUGCUGCUAUUUCUCAGUACCAGAGUGCUGCGGCCGGGAUUAAAGGGGCUGCCAACAGUCUUCUUUGGAACGAGGGACUGGGGUUCUAUACGGACAACGAAUUCACGACUCUCACCCCUCAGGAUGGCAACAGCUUCGCCGUCCUUGGAAACCUCACAGAAAGCGACGCACAAAAAGCUUCCAUUGUCGCCAACCUUCAAAGUCGCUGGGGCACCUACGGGGCACCAGCACCCGAAGUGAACUCAACACCAGCGACGAUUUCACCCUUCGCCACGGGGUUCGAGCUCGAGGCACACCUCGUGGCCAACAACCCCACGGGGGCACUAGACCUCAUGCGCCUCCAGUGGGGGUUCAUGCUCGACGACCCGCGGAUGACCAACUCGACCUUUAUAGAGGGCUACGCGGCGGACGGGGGCCUCGUGUACGCGCCGUACAGGAACGACGCCCGCGUCAGCCACGCGCACGGUUGGUCCUCGGCGCCGACGAGCCUGCUGAGCCGCUACGUCGCGGGGAUCCACCUGACGGGAGCCCUGGGGCGGACGUGGAGGAUCGCGCCGCUGACGGGAGGGCUCAGCACGGUCAGCGCGGGGAUGAGCACGCCGCUGGGGGCCUUUGCUGUUGAGGUCGCCGCCGAUAGCGGGUCAGGGGCCGUCACGGCGUUUGGCUUCGAGGCCCCUGCUGGGACGACGGGUGACGUCGUCCUCCCGCCGGGAACGGAGGGAACCCUGACGAGCGAUGCUGGGGAGUCGGCGGUGCUUUCUGGCGGGGUUGCCACUGGUGUUGGUGGUGGCAGGUGGACCUACUCGGCGUAA